UUAGGUUGUCAAACAAAAAAUAAUCAGAAAUGAAAUCGAGAGCUGUACCACACAGAAAUGACACAUCCGAAUAAAACACUACACAACAACAACUGAACAUUUCAUUUUAAUCGCAAGUUUAUUUUAAAUUUAUUGGAUUUUUUUACGUAAAAUGCAUUUCCACAAGUGUAUGUUAGUGAUAUUGUUUAGCAUAAUUGUUAAUGCAAAUGGCCAAAGAACAAAAGACAAAAUGUUUAGUUCAAUAGUUGGUUCUAGUUGUUUUAAACGUCUGAAUGGAACACACGAAACUGGAUGCACAUCUACAUACGGUGGAUCCGUUGGAGUGCUUCAUUUGAUAAAUACGCCGGACGAUUUUCAAUUUGUACUGAAAGAUCCGCCAUCACCCCCCUAUGCUGUGGUUGUAACACCGCAACUAUUCAGUCGCGAACACAUAAUGCCGAUCAAGGAUAGUCCGCACGUGUCGGCAAUUGUGUUAAUAAACAACGUAAAAGACAAAUUGACCCAAUUCAGUCAAGAGCUGAAAUGUCCGAACCAAUUCAGUACAAUCGAUGCACAAAGUUGCGACGUCACUAAGCCCGAGACGACCUGGAAUCCAUUUGGUACGGGUUUGUUGCACGAAAACUUUCCCUUUCCCAUUUACUACGUUUCGGAUGAUGCCGAAAUAACGAAAAUUCUCGAUUGCUUCGAGCGGUUCAAUAAGGACGAUCCCGUCAAUCAACAUCAGCGAUCGCUCUGCAGCAUUCAGAUCAAUACAUUUAUGUCAGCUGCUGUCAAUUCAGAAGUGUGCCUGCGACGUACCAAUUACAUGAAUAAUUUAAGUGCAACAAGGUUCUGUGACCCGUUGCAAGGUAAAAACGUUUUUGCCACACUGUUCCCCAGAGAGAAUAUUCCACGAUUGCAGCGAGGUAAACAGUCGCAUGAGAAAUUCGUAUUGGUAACUGCGAGAAUGGACACCACAUCCAUGUUUGACGGAAUCGGGCUGGGUGCCAUGGAUUCUCUAAUUUCAUUCGCGACAUUGAUAUCGACGGCUCAAUUCCUCGCCCAACUGCUACCAGAACGGAUAGUAUCAGACAAGCCGAAUGUGCUGUUUGUUCUGUUCAACGGUGAAUCGUACGAUUUUAUCGGAUCACAACGUUUUGUGUACGAUGUCAACAACGGGCACUUCCCGUCGAAAGCGCAUGGCACGCAUGAGAUCGGAAUGGAGAAUAUUGCCAUGAUGAUCGACAUUGGAUCGUUGGAUGAGCUGCAGAAAUUUUCAGUGUACCGAGCGAAGGAGUUCGAUGAGGCCAAUCAACUGGUCAAUCUACUGCAGAAGUACAGCCAGCAAUUUUCUUUUAACAUGUCCAUAACCGACAAAAUAACACAAAAUCUUCCGCCGACAUCGGCUCAAUCAUUCCUCCGGCAAAACCUUACAUUCCCAGCUGUUGUGCUGAAUUCGAACCCACAAAAUCGGUUUUACCACUCGAUUUUCGAUGAUCAACACAACAUCAAAUUCAGAUAUUUCAACACCAGCCAAGACUUCACGACUGUAACGGAUCGGAAUGAUAACUCAGACUUUCCGGCUAGUUCAAUUCAACUGGCUAUUCGAGAUGUUUCGACCGUUCUAGCAGCCUCAAUCUACCAAAUGAUCACCGGCGGUCCUUAUAAUGGUGAUAAAGGAUCGAAUCCAGUAUUGAUUGACGAGCUACUGUACUGUUUUCUGAUAUCGUCGGAAUGUCCGUUAUUGAGAGCUGCAGGUCCUAAGAAUCUACCAGCACGACCUGAUGCGCCGCCUCCAUUAAGAUAUGUGAGUGUUCAAGGGUCAUACACCCACGAAUCCGUCGCUUGGACAUAUCGACUCCUUGGUUUUUUGAUUGGCCAAUCCGUGCCGAUUGAUGAACAAAAUUGCACUACACUGCCAUUGAACUGGUUCGCGGGAUUCAACGGAACCGGACAAUGUCAUUAUACCACUCAAAAUUUCAGUCAAGCAUACAGUCCAGCAUUCCUGGAAAAAGAUUACGAUUGGACAUCCGGCAAUUAUUCCACAUGGACGGAGUCAACUUGGCGUGAAUUGAACGCUCGAAUUUUCUUGAAACCGUCGUCGACCCAGGAGGCAAAAACAUUGGCUAUUGGAUUCGUUGUGAUGAUAAUAUCGUUCGUGUUGGUCUUUUUGAUCAACAGCAAAUCGGACAUCCUUUUUGGCGACUGUGUGUCAUCGGAGAAUACUCUCACAAACCCAACACAUUGCUAGCAAAACGUUAAAUUAUGGAUUUUGUCGUCCCAAAAUUUGUUCCGAAGACUGGUUAUUAGUCAUUACACUAAUAUUUUGUAUUAAUUCUUCUCAUAAUAAUUUAUUGUUAAGCCAAUAAGUGAGUUUGAUCAAUCAUUUUUAAUUGAAAUUCCUUUUUUUCGUAUAUUUAGAUGUUAACAACACUUAUUGAAUUACAAAAAAAAGAGAACUAAAAAAAGAACAGUGCGCUGUACGCUUGAUGAGGAUGAAUGAAAACUAAUAAAACUAUCAGUAAAAUCUC